UUCGUUCUAUGUGCCCUGCAUCGUUAUGUUAGGCAUCUACUGCAGGUUAUACUGUUACGCUCAAAAACACGUGCAGAACAUCAGGGCGAUCACCCGACCGAUAGACCUGCCGCCGGACACGGCGAUUUCGAAGAAAAAAAGCACCAAGAAACAAAAGAAUAAAGCGCUGCACAUCCAUCUUCACAAUCACCACAGCAGUCCAUACCAUGUGAGCGACCACAAAGCUGCUGUAACAGUCGGCAUAAUAAUGGGCGUCUUCCUGAUCUGUUGGGUUCCGUUCUUCUGCAUCAACAUAGUCGCAGCGUUCUGCAAAACCUGCAUCCCGGACAUAACCUUCAAGAUCCUGACGUGGUUGGGCUACUCCAACUCCGCGUUCAACCCCAUCAUCUACUCCAUUUUCAACACGGAGUUCAGGGAAGCUUUUAAGAGAAUACUGACGGCGCACUAUCCGCCGUGCUGCAAGUGCGGAUACCAAUCGGUGUCCUUGAAUAACGAUAAAUUUAUCACCGACUAUGGACUGUGUACGAAAACGCUGGUGAUAAACGCACGACGCAACGGGUCAUUCGGAGACUUCUCCAGCGAACGACUGAGCUUCGAAUCAGUCCGACAGACCAGGGUGAACUCAGAAAAGGACAUUAUGGAAGAUGUGAGCGCUAUUUGACAGGAGUGUGACCAUUUGCAGGACACCAUGGUUUAGUUCUUGUUCAUAGUACAAUCGGAAGCAAAAAUAUUUGCGCACUGGAUGUUGUCCCCAUGUUAGGGAAAUUUGGGAAACGUGACAACCGCGCAGAUGUCGUGA